AUGGGAGAACCAAAAAUCACCGUGGACCCCGAUUAUUAUGAUCUCUUCGGCGGCGACCCCGAUGUCUCUUCUGGAACAACCUCGCUAGCUUCUUCGAUCUACAGGGGUGUGUUCGAAAAUGGAAGACGCUAUCAAACCGUGAGAGAAGGCGAAUACUGGUGUCCAUGCGACGAACAGCAAUUCGAAAGUCUGCUAGCGAGUCAUCUUCUCUGCGUGGUAUUGGACUCCAAGAAUGAAAAUCCAUUGUUCCAUGCUCCCGUCCGAGAGCCCAAAGAAAUCCUUGACAUCGGGACAGGCCGAGGCAGCUGGGCUGUUGAUGUGGCAGACAUGUUCCCAGAAACCACUGUCCGAGGCGUGGAUCUCUUCCCUCCACCAAUUGACUGGCUCCCUCCAAACUGCAUAAUGGAAGUAGACGACGUCCUCAAAGAAUGGACCUGGCGAAAGUCAUUCGACCUAAUCCAUCUCCGCCAGAUGGUCGGCGCCUUCACGCCCAAAGAAUGGAACAGCGUCUUUGAGCAAUGCUACAAAAACCUCAAGCCGGGUGGCUGGAUCGAACAACUUGAGGUUGACCCUCACAUCAUCUGCACGGACGGCACCUUACCCGCCAACUCCAGCACCGUCCAAUUCGCAGAGGCGAUUAUCAACGCCGCAAAGCAAGCCAACCAGCCCAUAGACACGGUGGACACCAUGCGCGGGCGUAUGAGCAAGCUUGGCUUCAUCGACAUCCAUGAGAAAAAGUAUAACUGGCCCAUGGGUCCUUGGCCACGCGAUCCGCUCCUCAAGGAGGCUGGGCGCUUGCAUUAUCAUCAGUGGAUGCAUGGAAUGGAGGGGUGGGCGAUGUAUUAUUUGACUAAAUGGGGGACACCGAGCCCGUGGUCGCCGGAUGAGGUUCAGGUGCUUGUUGCUAAGGCGAGGAAGGAGCUGAAGGAUGGCCGCGCUCAUAUGUGGCAAUAUGCCAAGAGAGUCUGGGCUCGCAAGCCAACUGAAGAGGAAAUGUUUGAGAUUCAGAGUCCGAGAGGCGAGCCCAUCAAGAACGAGUUUGAUGUUUGA